CUAUUAUAACGCUCUCUCUUUCCAUUUAAUUUCAUCUCUUUCAAGACUUGUCGGACCACCGGUCAUUCCCCUUCCUCAGAUCGUUGAAAUCGAGCAGAAAUCGGACGACCCACAUGCUCAAACCAGUUUGAAGGGAUUUUCUGAAAUCUGAGAAAAAAAGGGGAGUAAAGAUGGUGAAAAUGACAAUGAUUGCUCGUGUUACUGAUGGUCUUCCUCUGGCAGAGGGAUUAGAUGAUGGUCGGGAUCUGGUAGAUUCUGAAAUGUACAAACAGCAAGUCAAGGCGUUGUUUAAGAAUCUCUCCAAAGGCCAUAUUGAGGCUUCAAGGAUGUCUGUUGAGACCGGACCUUAUGUUUUCCACUAUAUCGUUGAAGGACGUGUUUGUUACUUGACAAUGUGUGACCGUUCUUACCCUAAGAAACUUGCCUUUCAUUAUCUGGAAGAACUCAAGAAUGAAUUUGAACGUGUUAAUGGAGCUCACAUUGAAACAGCUGCCAGGCCUUAUGCAUUUAUUAAAUUUGAUACUUUCAUACAGAAGACAAAAAAAAUGUACCAGGACACCCGUACUCAACGGAAUAUUACAAAGUUGAACGAUGAACUAUAUGAAGUUCAACAAAUCAUGACUCGAAAUGUACAAGAAGUUCUUGGUGUUGGUGAAAAGUUGGACCAGGUCAGUCAAAUGUCCAGUCGUUUGACAUCGGAAUCUCGCAUAUAUGCUGAUAAGGCAAGAGACUUAAAUCGACAGGCUUUAAUCCGGAAGUGGGCUCCGGUUGCUAUCGUUGUAGGAGUUGUCUUUCUCCUCUUUUGGGUGAAAACCAAGCUGUGGUAAUUUCAACCGUGCUUCAUAGUUAUAGCGACUUAUCAUCGAGUUGUUCGGGUUUCUCUGCAUUGGUGUGUGCAGCUUGUUGUCCACACCCAGAGACCAGACAUUAGAAUGAAAAUUCUGGGUUUUUUUUGUUUCAUCACACAGUUCGGCGAAGUUUAGGGACAAAUUUGCAAUGUGGAAGUGUGAAGGAGAGACCCUACCUUAUGAGCAAUAUGUUCAAAGACGCAAAUAUUCUUUCUAUAUGUCAAAGCCAGAGUAGAAGCCUCUUUUGGUAAUUAAUUUUA